UUUAUUUAUAUUUAUUUAUUAUUCUUUAUUUUCAUGUUUUGUUAUCUUUGGUUUUAGUGUAAUAAAUAUUAAUAUACAUAUAUUAGCAAAUAUCAGUUAUGGUUAUAAAAAAAAUUCCUGAUAACAGGAAGAAUUCGUUAAUUUUAUCUGUGAAUGUUUUUGGCUGUUCCAACAAAUCCUUCAAAAUUUAAUAACUUAUUAUAGCACUGAUGAAUAUUAUAUUGCUGAAUUAAAUAAUCACGUACUCUGCAGGAAAGUAUCAGGAAAUUUUAAGAUGUUUGCUAAAGCCAACUAAUAUAAUUGUGUUUAAUAACAUCAGUUAAUAAAUCAGCUUCAUAUUUAGGUGAAGUUAAAGCAUCAUAUAAAGAAACUGAGGUCUCUGAAGAACGUCUCCCCUAUAUCAAGUCCAAGCCAUAAUGCUAAUGAGAAAGGUGUCAUAAGCAAUGAAGUGCAAUAUGUAAUACAAAUUAUCAUUUUGUUUUCACACCCAUAAAUCGUGAUUAUAACUAAAAAACUGAGGAUUAAAAAAAAAACAUGGAUAAAGAGAAAACUAAUGAACGUGAAAAUGUGGCAAACAAGUCAAAGUCAGAAGGUAGUUUGAAUAUUGAUGCACAAUACCCGGAACUACGACGAUCAAGCCGUUCCCCUGUAAAACCACGUCGAUAUGAACCCGAAGAUCUUAAUUCCUCAGUUAGAAACAAAAACAAAUUAAAGGCAAAGAUCAAAACUACCCGUGGAUGCUUUGAAUCUGAAACAAAAUCCGCAAAAUUCGUCACGAAAUCAUCAGAAGGAAUUAAUUUAAAAGAAGAGUCCAGAUUACGUCGUUCUAAACGCUCACCGAAAAAGCCUUACCAUUUUCAGCCAGAAUAUAUUAAAUCUGCUUCAAAGAUUAAAAAAAAACAGGGCGCUAAAGCAAGCCCGCCCACCAAUGUUAACAGAGACGGCUGUGUUCCUACAACUGAGUGCGAUGCUAAAUCUGAACGAAAAGAAGAAAAGGAUGAUGUUAAUCAAUGCAAAAACAAAUCAGCCGGAAGCCCAUUGAUAAAAAAUUCAAAAUUAAAGAAAUCUGCUCUCAAAAUAACAAAGAAAUAUAAGAAAAAUAAUUCAAGGACAAUAAAGCAAAUAGUUUAUCCCACAGCAGAGGAAUUGGCAGAAUAUAAGCGUACAGAACGAGAACAGAUAAAAGCAAAUAGGAAAAUGAAAGAAAUAUUUGCAAAUUUCCAGAAAGAACCUGAAAAAGUCAAAAUAUUGUCACUAAAUAAUAUGAGUUCUGAAGAAAUUUUGAAUACCUUUCCUAUAUAUCAGGAUCAACUGGAUAUUGUUUUCCAUGAACUGCGCUCACAACCGAAAGUGGACGAUUACAAAGGAGUUAAUCACUAUUCCGUUAUUGAAUUGAUCGACAAUGAAAAACAACUGAAAAUGAUGCACAAACUUGGGGAAGUAUACGAAACUGAACCAGAUGGAAUAUCUUUGUACCCUACGCUAUUCGCUAACGCGUUGAUGCCCGAAUGGCUGGUUCAUAUAUUCAAGGAUAAGUAUAAAUUGUCUCAUAGUGAAGCCGUGUCCCACUUACAUAAACAACGACAAUAUAUGCAAUACUUGGAUGUCGAUGAUUGUCUUUAAGAUACGCGGAAGACAUUUGUAUAUAUGUAGUUUUGUAAGAUAAAAGAAAAGCCGCAAAUUGAAAUAAUUUUAAACAAGAAAAUGUUUCGCACCCAUUUUAACUUAUGUGCCAACAACGACAUUGUAAAAAGACAUGCAAACAGUUUUAUACGACUUUAAAAAAAUAAAUAUUUUUAUUUUCAAGAAUGUAAGAGUAUAUGAAAUACAACACCACACGACUAAUGCAAUAAAACAUAUACACGCAGAUCAUUUUUUAAGAACCAAAUAUUUUAUUUUAAUAUGUAUUUUUUAAUUCUAGAUUACACGUAGAAAAUAUGUCUCAUAAUUACACCAAAAUUGCGCACUUGAAAUGCGUUUUGUGGAAAUGUAUUAAUCGCUGUCUGAGGUAGUAUAUAAUAUUACCUUGUGAGUAGCUACUUUUGCAGGGACAAUUCUUAAAUCGAUCACAAUAAUAAAUACAAUUUCAGAGUAUGAUGCAGAAAUAUACAUGCAAUGCAGGCGAAAUGAAGACAGGGAUCAAACUGGAAUAAAUCAGUCCACUAUUCAUAGAAAAUAUGAUUUUUA